AUGGAAAAUGAUCAUGAAAAUGAACAUAAUGCUUCAACAAUUUAUCUAUUAGGUAGAACAUAUUUAACUAAAAAUGAAAAAUUUUAUAUUCGAAAUGAUCCUAUUAUACAUAUGGCGGCGGGUGAUAGACAUACAAUUAUUGUUACUGAAAGUGGUCGUACAUAUUCUUUUGGUGAUAAUAAUUCAGGUCAAUUGGGUCUUGGUCAUAUGAAUUAUACAGAAAAAGUUUCAUAUAUAAAAAGUUUAAAAUUUGUUAAUACAGGUGAAAAAGUUAUAUUAGCUGCAUGUGGUCAUGAUUCAUCAUUAGUUGCUACAAAUCAAGGUUCAUUAUAUGCAUUUGGUUCAAAUAAUCAUUGUCAAUUAGGUAUUGAAUCAAAAGAAUCAACAACUGUUUAUCCUUAUCCUGUUAAAAUUGAAUAUUUUCAUUCAACAAUGUCUUGGAAACAAAUAUCAAUGGGUGCUAAACAUACAUGUGUAUUAGAUAAUAAUGGUGUAGUUUAUGUUUGGGGUUUAAAUGAAGAUGGUCAAUGUGGACAAGCACGUAAACAUAAUAUUAUAAGGAUACCAACAAAACUUCGAUUAGAAUAUUCUACCAUUGCUAUAUCAUGUGGAUAUUAUCAUACAGCAUUAAUUACUGAAGGUGGUCGAGUGUUUCUAUUUGGAAAUAAUAGUGAUAAACAAUUAGGAUGUUCAAUACCGACUCAAUAUGUUGGUCCAUUCGAAGUUUCAUUACCAGAUCCUGUUAUAGCUAUUGCAUGUGGAAAUCAACAUACUGUUGUAUUAACAAACAUAGGAGAAGUCUAUACAUGUGGACGAGGUGAUUGUGGCCAACUUGGCCUUGGUCCUAGUAUUUUAUUUGCAGAACAUUUUAAAAUGAUUGAAAAUUUACCAAAAUAUGUUACAGCUAUAGCUGCUGGUAAAGUUCAUACAGCUAUUCUUAGUCAUGAUGGUAAUAUAUAUGCAUUUGGUGAUGGUAAAUAUGGCAAACUGAGUUAUGAAACUUAUUCAAAUGUAUUUGAACCACGUUCUAUUAAUAAAUUUAAAGGAUAUAAUGUAUUAAAAGUUGUUUGUGGUGGUUGUCAAACAAUCAUACUUGCUCAAAAGAAACAAACUGAAAAUGAAGAAGAUAUUCAAAAUACAACAAAUUCAAAAAUUAAAUCUCGACGAAGUCUCGUUGGUAUUAAACAUUGUCCAUCUAAGAUUAAUUAUACGAAUACAAACGGUAAUUCAAUAGUUACAUCUCUUCGAUAUGUUGAACAUUUUCAAACAUCAACAAAUACAAAUUCUUCUUUAUAUACUAAAUCAAAUUCUGAUCCUGAUGAAUUAUCAGUAUUCAUGAAUAGUGAAUUAAUGAAUACAACGGAUGUAAAAAUAAAUGAAGAUAUUAAACAUGUCAAAACAUAUGUAAUUGAUCGUACAAUUCCUAUUAUUAAAAUAAUAGAUGAUUCAACAAUAUCAAAUAAUCAUUAUUCAUCUAUUGAUCAAUCGACUUUCGAUAAUACAAAAUUAAAUUAUACAAGUUCGAAAAAUAAUCUCAAAAAACAGCAACAUUCUGAUGAUGGAGCAUCAUCAUCUGACGAACAAUCAUCAUCAAUAUCUCAACGAAAUAUUGAAACAAGUUCAUUGAAUGAAAGUGAUAUUCAUAUUAAUGCACAUUCAAUUCCUACUAAAAUGUUAACAACAUAUUAUCAUCAAGAAACAGCAUCUAAUCAAUCUUUUAAUAGUGAGAAUUGGCCAUCAUCAACAUCAUCAUCAUCUUUAUCAUUAUCAAGAAGUACUAGUCGUAUUUCAUCAUCUAUUUCAUCAAUAUCUGAUGAAGAUCAAAUAAUAACUUCAAAAUCAUUUUUUGAUUAUCAAAAUGGUAUUCAUCUUUCUACAAUUGAAACAAAUUCAAGUAGUCAUUCAACAAAAAAAUUGAUCAAAACUGAAUCACAAUUAGGAUUUUUUUCAAGAAUUUUAAGUACAAAAUCUUCACAAAAAAUAUCAACAACUACAAAUAAAAAUUCCAGAACAUGUUUAAUUAUGUAA